UUUCUGUCAAUCUACACACGAAACAAGUAUAAAUUGAAACACAAGUGAAAAGACGUAAAGGUAUUACGAUCAUACGGGAGUUCUUUUAUAUACAAUGAUAUUUUUUACUUAGAAAUCCAACAAUUAAGUGAAAAAAUGUGCAUAAUUUGAGAGGAAGAAUAUGUAAAUGCAAUUCUCGUCGUGCAUGUGAUAAAUAAUGCAGUAUUAAGCCGGUGAUUGGCAACAGCGAGCAACUGCUUACAUACUUCGGAAUCUGUGUACAUGCUGUUAUGUGAAAGUGUGUGUGUCAAUGGUGGCGGCAUUCAGUUCUUAGUUAAUCGACUAGCAAUAGUGUCAACAUCUGAGUUUACCACGUUGAUUAGCUUCUGUUGGAUUUUGGUGUCUAGAUAGAAGCAGUGGUUGUGGUUAAUUGUUGCAUACGGCUUCGUAAUGAAGUUGACAAAGCAUCAGUUGAAGAUAAUUCCACUCAUUCAGCGCAAAUACAAUGUGUCUAUCGGCUUUUUAAAGUCAAAUUUGGCCAAUAUUGAAAAAUUCCUUUGGUAUGCCUUGAGUCCUCGAUUGGUUAUAAAACGCAUUGCUAUUCGAAAAGGCAGCAAACAACGCGUCAUAUUGAACUAUUACCAUUUGAGGCGAGUGUUAUUUGAUCAAGCGGAGCGCAAGGUAAUAAAAACUCGGAGGCGAAAUGUACAGCAAUGGUCCCGACAGAUGGUUUGCUACUUGCGUAGAAAAUAUGGUGUUAAGGAACAUAUUGAAAUCACAUCGUGUGCGGAUAAUAUAGACAUAAUAGAUAAAGCAACUGAAGGCACUUCUAGAGGUGGAAACAUGGCUCCAGAAGAAGUAAGCAAGCAAUUGAAAGAGCAACUGGAACUACUACGCAGCGGAAAACGGACAGUGCCACUCAUAGAAAGUGAAUCAAAAUCUGCUGAAAAUGAGAUCACCGAGACAGAUAGAUCGAGGUGUGAUUCAUCAGAUAAAACUUCUAACUGCGCGGCAUCAUAUACAUCAGCUUGUGUUGCUGAAUGCAAUAAAAAAGAUAUGACGGACUCCAGUGAAUGUAGUCAUGUCGCAACAGAAGUAUUAAAUAAGGCUGAUAGCGUUGUCCAAAGCACAUUGGAAAGGACACCAGAAAAACAAAUUAUAGGAAGGGUCGAAACUCGAUUAAAGCAACCAAAGCAUAGCUAUAAGACAGAUAGGAAUAUUGAUGCUGAUGGUGAGACUGUGGAACUGCCUUCAUCUGAUUGCCCAAUAAUGAUGCCCCAUUUAGAAAAAUUGCAGCCAAGUGCACCUACGACAACAUCAAAAUCACUAAGUGGGAAUAGUAAUUUUUUGGAUAUGCUUAUGAAUAAAGUUCGCGGAAAAAAUAUCUUAACUGAGGUUCCCGCCAACACAAAUGCUAUUCAACCCUUAUCUGGGGGUGACAGGACCCCGGAAAAAAGUUUUGAUAAAACGCAUGAUAACAACGAACAUUUUACAGACUCAGGCGAAGAGUUUUUUGGUUUCGAUGAGACAGAGCGUUUGCCCGGUAUGAUGCUUACUCCCCUUGUGCCAUUUUCGGCUCAAUCCAAGGGCAACGCAAACGUCGCCUUUGUUAGCGAAUCGCUAAAUGAGUUUAUGCGUGAAAACUUGCUAGAAAGUAGUGGGUGUAUAGCUGACAACGUUGAAGGUGCCGCUGGGCGCAAGCAUCGGCAGGCUACUUUGGAUGGAUUGGUCACUCCCGAGUGCGUGCCACCGCGUAUGGAGAUGCCUUUGGUUCCCGAAAGUUUGCAGAAGCUACGAACAGUAGCAGAGAGACGCCAGUAUCUUCAGAAAUUCAACCGAAAUCAUAAAUUGGCAAUUAUCAAUAACGAAGCGGCCAUUUGCAGGGAGCUACAAAGGAAAAUGCGACACCAUAAAUCAAAAAGCGUGUCGCAGCAGUUGUUACAGGCGCCAAAUUCACAAAUGCCGUUUACACGGCAAGGCUGGCAAGCGGCUUCAUUCGUUACCACGGAAUUCAACCAUUAUUAUUACCAAACCUUAGAUGUGAGGGAUGGGCAGGAGCGUCUAUGUGUGCGACUUCCAGGAGUGCGUGGCAACAACGAAGAACGCAACAAGCAAUCAUAUUAUAGUCGUGUGCCGAGCAAUCUCUUAACGAGUAAAUGCAAUACCGAUAAUUGUAGUGAUGCUUUAGUAUGGCGCGAUUUGAAACCAGUUAAAACUGAACCAGAUAAAAAGAAGUUGAAUAAGUCACCAUUACCAAGCGUUUUCAAACCUUGCCCACUAUCACAUAAGCCUUUCCAAAAACCUUUGGACGAUGAGACAGCGCCACUGCUGCUAGCUGGCGGAAGUAUGGCCGUGGUACGCAUGCCAAUUGUGGAGUUGGAAGUUUUUCCAGCCCUCGGAAAGCCGCUGCAUGAAGUGGCUAAAAGGUACCUUGAGUACAUACUUCCACACUGCGACAUAACGCGUGAGUGGGCCGAGUUCAGUGUGUCUACAUUGCAGCAAUCUACAGAGUGUAAGAAAAAAGAAAAUACACCGGAUCAAACAAAUGAUAAAGUAAAGUUGUCCAGCGAGUCAUCUGAAUCAUUUUCGUUCCCCAUUCCAUAUCAAAAUGAUCGGAGCCACAUUUUGGUGCGUCGUGUAGUUGAUCGUUCAGAGAAACUAGACGAGACAUUCGAGACUGCAACAUCACCUGUAGAAGAUUUUUCCUUUCGUGCAAACAUUGAUGAAAGCGAUGAUGUAUUAGUGGAGUGUGCAGAUGUGCUUAGUGAAAUGAUUAAUAGUGUUGCCAUAAGCUGCAGUGAGAACUCGUUCAUAAAGUCAGAUCCAGACGAAUUGCCAGUCGGGAAUGAUGUUGCCGAUAUUAAACAUGAAAAGGUAUCUGAAAUAUUGAAUGCUAAAGACGAUAAAAUUUGCAACAAUAGACCAGCGCUGGAUGACUCAAAGAUGGGUAACCAAGCUGUUGCGAACAAGAAGCAGAAUCGACUUCUACUUGAACUACGUCGUCUAAACGCAACAAUAAUUGAUGCAGCUGUAAAAGCGGAAAAAGGAGUGAAGCCUUGUACAAAAGAAUACUGUGCGCUUGGUUGUGUCUGUAAAAGUCUUGCAGAUGACUAUCCUCUACGCCAACAUUGCGGUAAAUCUAGAUGCGUCAUAGAAUGUGCUUGCAAAUCAUCUAACCAGUCUCGUAUAAUGCGCCUGGAAACAGACGGACGUUCAAUCACAACCGAAGACGCAUUUAUGCUACGUAGACAAGCUACUGCACGGCUGGCUCGUAUGGAGAAAGAAUUUACAUCUACAAUUGUUUUAACUGAAAACGAAACUCUGCUCAUCAAUGAAUCACAAUAUGACAAAAAGCGUCGAUGUACGAAAGCUCCAAAACGAUACGAAGACUUUGCCGAUACCGACGACGACUAUAUAGGACGAUCUACAGCGAAUACCCCACCAAAGAAAACCCAAAAUGCUGCAGUAGUGUCAAUUGAGGCGGCAACGGAAUCAUCCUUAAAUUCUGGUUUCUCAGAGACAUCUACUGAGCUACGCGAACCUAUAUACGUCAAAGACAAAGUAUUGGAAAAACUCAAGCAUUGUACCAUUCCAUUGGUUCGCUUUGAAGGUGCACAAAAUAUGGCUGUAUGGUGUAUGGUUCAUGAGUUAUACAAAUGCUAUUGUGGUGGUCGCGCUACAGAAGGAAAACCGCUCGUCAUCGAAAAGGAUACUGGCAACCACGCAAUUGCUUGUAGCGACCAAACCAAUUUAGGAAAGAAGCAAAGUGCACUUGCAGAUGAUGAAUACGUAGUUACAUCAACAAAGGCACGUUACUCGUUUGAGAAAUUGGAAGAAGAGCCAGAGGAAGACGAAGAAGAGGAGGAAGAAGAGAUCCGAGAAGAAAAUGAAAAUAUUAGAAAAAGAACCGAAAAUAGAAGAAAUGCUGAUCUAAAGUCUCAAGGCAGUAGUUUAAAAUAUAUUAGCACAGAUGACGAAGAGAGUGGAAGUGACAAGAGAGAUGAACCGUUGGAGGAUCCACUAGGCUCGGACUUUGAUGUUGAAAGCUGCCGAGCAAAGAGACCGAAGAUGCUAACAAAACGUCCAGAAAGGCGAGGUCGUCCAAGUGAGAUGACUUUCAUUAAUAAAUAUUUCAACACUGCAUCGGACGGAUGCCGUCGAGUAGUUGUAGUGCCUCGAAAAACAUAUUUACGUAUGAACCGUAAACGGCGUGCGGAAGUUCAAGAUUUCAUAGCGAAGCACGAAAACAAACAAUCUAUGUUGUUGUUGAACGAACACAUUUUGCGCUCAGUUUAUUAUCACAAACACGAAGUGGAGAAGCAACGCAAGGAAGCAGCACAGGACUCAUUGUUACUCAGUAAAAAACGAAAACUAACAGAAGGGGAAAAUUCAGAAAAAGAAGAUGAGCCAAUUCAAGAAUCUAUCACAGAACCGGUGGCGAAGAAGCCCUUGAAUGACGAAGAUAGGAGAAUUUUAGAAUUAACUGAUGAAGAUUCAUGUCAGUCAUCCCUUUCGUCGAUACUGUCAACAUCCUCAAGCAAACCAGCAUCUGAUAGACGAUUGCGUAAAAGAAGCCACCGGCAGCAACGAAAUCUGCCAGAUGGCAAUAGCAUUGUACAUAAUACCCCCGAAUUCGUCAAAAGCACUAUUCUGGAAGAAUAUAGUAAUGAUAUGGCAGACGCCGCAACCUCUGCCAAGUCCACCAAGGUGGAGACUCUUGAGCCAGCCGUUAAUAGUAUAAAGCAAGUCAAGAAAUUAUCGGACAUUGAAAAUUCGAAUAAUGACAAUGAGCUUACACUCAUCGAUGCAGAGCCGUCAUCAUUAACUGUUUCCGGUCAUAAAGGUGAAGGCGAGGGUAUUACAGACUUCAGUUCUGCGGCCUCUGAAUGCUCAGCCGCACUAUCUCUAAAUAUGCAACCAACGUCUUCCUUUUCACAUUCUCGAAUAGAUUUCUUCAAAGAUGUGGUGCGUAGCAUGAACAGCUUAGUGAACAAAAAGAUGCAGGAUAUUGGCUUAGCUUUGAAACGUGAGAGUAAAGUGAUUCCUGCUCCGAAUGAUGAAAUAUUGUGCAUCAUUAAAUGGUCCAACUUUUUGGAUGCCUUUAUUGAAGGAUUUGUUUUCAUAUGGGAAGUUAAACUUCGGGAUGAACAAACUUUCUUUGCAGCCACCAUUAGUAAUAUGAUGCCUAUGGUGUUGGACGCUGUAGGUGUGGUAAAUAUCGCAGCCCUACCAAUGAAGCAGCUACCGCUACUAGGUCGCAUGCUGCUGCAACGCUGCCGCAGCCCUCAAACUUGCGAUCUGGCUAUUGUGAUGCAGGGUCGCUUGAAGUAUUGGCUUGUUAAGGGUUUCUUACGCGCAGAUAAGUCUAGUGCUUGUGCAAAGCCAACGCCAAAGUCUCACCCGUUACUUACGCGUAAAAUUAAUGUCCUAUCUACUUUACUAGCCAAACAGCACAUCCGAGAACUUAAUAAAAAAGUUACUCAGAAACAAAAGGAACAACAUCCAGAUACAUCGGAGGAGGAUAAAAAGAGCACAACAAUUUCAACUCAAAGCGCUAGUCCAGAGCAACAUUCCCUUUUGAGGCAGCAGCUCUCACCACCGGUACAUCGUGAACAAAAAACUAUAUCUGCGAGCAACAGUAAGAAUAGCAAUACGAAUACUCGCGACAUGCAAAAGACAAAACAAGUUACAACUGGGAGGAAAAGGACACUGGAAAACAAACAUCAACCAGCGAUAGUCCGUUGUCCAGUAACAUCUAGCACAUCGACUAAUAGUGCAUUGGUUGCAAAGGAUAAAUCAAAAGCGCACACCGGAUUGUCAAUGUUGCAGGAGUUGAUUAACAAUAGCGAGUAUUCGGACAUGAAGACGAACAUUGCACUUCGCAAAGUUACUUCCGCUGAUGUUGAUGAUCUGCAUGGAUUGGACGUCACAACGGGUCCACAUCGUUGGCUUGUACUUGAGCUCUACAAAGAUUUUUCACAUAUAUAUGUCCCAGACUUUCGAGAACUACUGUCGCUCGAUCGUAUACAGAAAGUCAUGGCAUUCAGUAGGCAAAAGCAAAAAAUUGUCAAAUUGCAAUUUUUCCUAAAUGCCGCUUUCGAUGCGUUCGUAACACCGUCUUCUCAACGUAAAAUCUACUUUGGUCCGUUAAAACUGAAUAUGCCUCCGCCAUUGCUGAUUUUAUUACAAAGCGUCGACGGCAGGAUGAUGCUGCGGGAAUCAUAUCAGCAAAUGCACAAUAUACGAGGGGAUUCAGGCGAGAGUACAACAGGUUUUUGGAUGGUACGAAAGAAUGGACAGCUCGAUUUGCAAUUGACUGAUAGUACUGAAGAGGCCUUGCAUGGUGAGAAGCAGUUAUUUGGCGAAUUGAAGCAGAUCAAAGCAACACAACAAAACAAUGCCUAUGAAUCUGAUGAUGACGAUUGCAUGAUUGUAGAUACUGUUGAGCCCCAGUUGCCGUUUUCCCCACUUGUACCACUGUCACAACCAAGUAUUACAGUGAAGCCCCUUGCGGAACUACAAUCAAAACCUAAUCAGGCGGCAUUGUCGCGCCAACUUACUAAUUUUACUAUACAAAAAAGUUCUAAUUCCAAUCGCUUGCAAAUAACAAAUGUGGGAACUACAGCAGAGGUGCUCACCUCCCAGUUACAAAAGCUACCAAAUACUACUGAUGGAAAUUUGCUAACAAGCACGCAAAUGCCGAUAAAAUUGCCACUAAAUACUCAAAUAGCACCGUUAUCUAACGCACCCCCUGGCCAACAAAUAACGUCACUAGUUGACAAUCAACCUACGCCUAUUUUGUGUGGCCUUCCACCUAACGCUGUUAUCACAGGCGUAACACCGGCGCCACAGGAAGCGCCGUACGCCACUACAAUCUUCAUUUCCAAUCUUGGUUCAACAGCCCCAACAGCCGGCAGUGGUGCACAGCUUUUGGAUAAACAAGUAGCAUCCAUUACACAGCCAACAUCACACAUUUGCCCCGCCCCGAUUCUUUCGAAACCCCUUACCAAUAGCAGGUUUCUUACACCGGAUGUCCGUGUUACUACUACCGUAAAUUCUGUUAUUGGUGAUGCAGUUUCCACACCUGUAUUGACAACAGUGAGCAAUAUAAAUUCCAAUAUUUUCUCAUCGCCAAUAGCUGAGCUUCAGAACGAAGCAUUAGACAAGAACGAAUUGUUGCUAAGCACGUCGAGAAGUCAAUCGACAACAGAAGUCGCUGCAAAUUUCGAAACAACAACAACAGUCUCCAUUGUUAGAGAGCGGCAGCAAUUAUCGGCAAGUGAUUCAAAUGCACCCAAUAAUUCCUCAGCCGAUUGGAAACGGUUUCUAUUGGAUGAACAUUCUAAAACAUCAACUAUUGGUUCUACAACAAUUACGAAAAUGGUUGAAAAACACGAAUCGACCGUUCGGAAUUUAUUACCUGACAAUCCGCUGGAAAUCCCGACGAGUCUUGAAGAAGAUGAAUUUGAGCCAGCUGCAUCGAUUGUUUUUAAACAGCAUGCGUCGCAAACUUCGCCUGAAGCGAAUGAUUCACGAUCUUUAGCCCCAAAAGUUAGCGUGGGAAAUGUUUUAAAUUCUUACCCUACAAAAAGUAUGCUUAAUACAUCUACUACUGUAAUUUCAAUAACAGCAGCUACAGCAACGGCAACGGCAACGGCAAGCACACUUACUACCACGACAAUAGAGGCGAACACAAAAACUGUGCCAAUGACAUUAGCACAACCUGUAACAACGAGCCAAAUUUCGUCUUCUUCAAAAACAGAUACAGUAGCAGCAAAAUCUCAAGUUAUGGCUCUACCGCUUCGUAAUUUGCCAACUAAAGUGGGACAAAACACGUUCAAACAAAUUAUUGCGAAAUCUACUUCGCUUCCGUAUGGAUCAUCGGCGAAGAUAACCAAAACUAAUGCAGCUGCCACAAAUUCAUCAGCUAUAUCGAAAACAUCAAAAAUAAUGAUUUCGAAGGUUAAUACGUUGAAAAAAUCUUGCAUUCAACAGUUUAAAAUGCCGUCCCAGCCUUUGAAGCUACCUACGACGCAAUCUUCCGGUUCUCGUCUAUCGUUACCGGCUUCAUCUCGUAUCUCUGCAACCAAAACAACGAUGUCACCAAUGACAAAUAUCAGUAGUCCUGCACCUAAGCCGUUAAUAAACGUUCGACCAGCAGUUUCAUUACCACAACGUAUGGGCACUGGAAGCCCCACAACGCAACGUCGCAGCGAUUCUGCACUUUUGGGCCCGAGUAUGGUCAGUAAGAAAGUAGGUGGCAUAAUUACGGCAAGAACGGGACCAACUCAAUACACUGUUCCGCAAAAAUCUAAUGUGGCUGCAAGUACAUCUAGGGUAUCUUGUAAAGCAAAAGCUGAGCCAUCAAAGUCUACAGCACCUAAUAAUAGCAAUACCACAUUUAAAUCGGGAGAAUCUAAACCUGAAGAGCAGUAUGGUAUUUUUUGUUCUGGUUCCGCCGACAGUUCUCCAAGAUUUUGGGCAAAACGCGUAAAAAAUGCUUUUAUCAUCAAGGUACCAGGCCUAAGAAGCGUGGUGCAUCGUCCAGAUUUGGAAAGCGUAGACACAUAUCUUAAUCAGCAUCUCCUGUGGCAGAGUCCCGCCAUGAAAUCAAAACUUCCGAUUAAGUGGAAGUUUGUGCCAUCAGAUCAAUUAAAUCUACCAAUUAAGAUGUUAACAACUAAUAAGGAUGGAAGAACUACUGAGAAAGUUCUUGUGCGACGCGUAAAAGUGGCAGAAAGCGGUGCACCUGCGCCAAAAGUCACAUCGCCCCGCCCUGUCUGUAAAUUUUUAAAGGAUGUGGCGAAUGCUGCAGCUUCUACGCCGGAUACUAAAUGUAGCGAACCAAUUUUAAUCGAAGAUUAAAGAUAAGGGUCUCGUCUUAUAUUAAAAUAGUUAAAUAAAUAUGCAUAAUAUUAUAUGUUUAUAUUUGUUUCUAUUUCUACUUUCCACACAAUCGAAUCUCACCAUUAAAUUAUAAUAAUUAUUAUUUUGAAUUUACUUAAAUUUAUGAUAGUAUUAAACUUAGGUUUUGCUUGGUUUUUCUGAAAUAAUUGUAGUCGCCUUAUACUGUUAAAGUAGUCACAUACGAUUUGUUAAAAUAAUUAUUUUUAAGGUUUAAUUUUUCCAUUGUUAUUCUUUUUUAAUAUAUUGCUCGUAAGGGAGACAUAUAUGAACUGCUUUAUGAGAUGGUUAAGAUAUUAGUUUGCUUAUUUCAAUACGAGUUCACGUAAAUGGGUGUAAAUGCACAAAACAGAAGCGAUAUGUGGGUUAUUAAAAUGGUCUGUAAAAUAUAAUAAAUAUUUAACUUAAACAAAAUUAAA